AAGAAACCUCGUAAACCGUACACGCAGACUCGGGCGCGUGUGUCGUGGACGCCGAAGGAACAUCAGAGAUUUUUGCGAGCGCUGGAGUUGUAUAGCCGCGACUGGAAACGAAUCGAGGAAUACGUCGGAUCAAAGGACGUUGUGCAGAUCAGAUCACACGCGCAAAAACACUUCCUGAAGCUGAUGAAGUCUGGUCAAGGAGACCAGAUGCCGCCACCGAGACACAAAAAAAGCAAUCAUGCAGACGGUGAGCGCGCCGUCAACUACGUGCCAGGCAUGUCGCAAGCGAUGCGUUUACGGCUGCAAGUGGAACCGGAUGGCUCGCUACCCGUAGCGCCGAAACGCGCUCCGGGCGUGCCACCACCGCUACAAAAUAGCACGAACACCCCAGAUUUCGCUACCGUCUACGGUUUUCUCGCAGAUUUGUUCAAAGUGAACGAAGCGCGAACAGAGCCAGAACACGCUUUGAGAUUGUCGCACACGACGCCAUUGGAAAAUAUGACGGCCAUCGACAGGGAGACUGCUCUUUUACUGAUUCGAAAUUUGCGGAAUAAUAUGUGCUCGAAGCAAAUGUGGCAGCAGCAAUCCGACCUUUUGGAGGACGGAUGCUCGACGUUUCUCGACGCCCAAGAUGCCGAGCGUUUGCGUCCCAAAACUUUUGGCAAAGUGUCCGACGCUUCACCCGACGAUAACAGUAGCGGCGAUGGUAGCGGUGAC